AGUCCGCAAGUGGGAGGUGUGCACGAGCGCAGGGUGUGGUGGAACUAGAGUCACACUAUAUUUUCUAUUAAAAGAUCAGUGGGCAGCGCACCUUUCUCUUUUUAAUAGACAGUCACUACACAUCACUGAACACGAACAACCAUCAAUUAUUCUUACUGCGGUCCGCCGUGAAGAAUUAACAUUGUUGAUACAAGUGGGCGCAGCAAACCAGGCUUGUGAUGUGACAAGCGCGCACUAUGAGCAUUUCGCAGGACAUCGCUCUAGGUCGCAUUUGACAACCUUGACACACCGUUAUUUUGGAGAAUAAAAACUGUCGAAUUGUAAGUCGUAUUGUCAAGUUAAUCGUGGAGACUGGAGUUCGCUUCUCGAUGUGUCAGUGAUAAUUGAACAAUACAGAAGUGGUGUGGUUUGUGUCCAUGCUGCAUCGAUAACCAGGUGCCUCGGGUCUACAAUGAUAAGACAAUAAAUGGCAGAGAUAGGAGAAAAUGUUGCAAGAGGAAGAGAAGAAGGAGAUGAUGGAGUGGGAGGUUUAAGGCCACCUCAUGACCCCGAGAGCCCUGCCCACUUUCCCUUUUCUGCUCCCCCAGUUAGGGCCCACCAUGUCGGGCUCAGGAGGGGCAUCGUGAUCCAGCUAACAGGCACAGAGGGUGAGUGGGACAGUCUGGAUGACAACGAGCUCAUCUUCCCCCUUGAACACAACGACUAUGACGACCAGACUCCCUACAUCUCCCUCUCCAAGGAGAGACAGAACUCCAUGGAAGAGGAGAACCAACACUGCCUGCACUCCCCAGCCUUCCACGUACCCCUCUCCCCCUCCUCACCUGGGUCCCUGGGGGACUGCUCCAACUCAGCCCCCAGCUUCCUCUCCCCCAGCCCAGCCACCCCCACUCACCGGCCACUGGCUAGCCUGGUCAAGUCCCUGUCCACGGAGCUGGAGCUCCCUCAUGGCUCAUCCCUCAGACCCAGGCCCUUCCUCAGCCUAGUCAAGUCCAUCUCUACUGAGAUCUCCCGCUCAGAGCCAGAGGUGUCGCAGUCCAAGUCUGACUCCCGCCUCAACCUGCACCUGCAGUGGAAGAACCUGACUCAGCCUAAGGGAAGGAGUGAUGGAGACUCCCGUACCGCGCCACCCUCGCCCAUCGCUCUAUCCCCGUCCGAGAGCACCAAGGCGGGCUUCUUCAAGAUGGAGCUGGAGGACACAAAGCGGAAGUUCUCUGAGGCCAUGCAGGAGCCUAUGUUCAGUAAACCUAUCAGUAUUUUCAGUAAGAUCAUGGGGGAUGAGAAGGAGAAUGCAGCUGCAGGCAGCCCCAAGCACCAGAGAGCUACAGGGACUCACUCAGCUGGCUCCCCCAGCUCCAGAGGUGUCUAUGUGGGGAGGAUGGAAAGCACGGAGGUGGGCAUCACAGAGUCUCCGCUGCGGAGCGCCAAGAGAACGGAUGGUGACUCUCCGCCGGUGUUUGACUGGCCGUGUGUCAAACACCCAAAGAAGGGUCUGCCCACUAGAACAUGUUCUGUCCACGAUCACCACGGCAACAAACCCAACGACAAUUCAGAGGAACUGGAGAUCUGCACCUACGAUGAAGUCAUGCAGGUUGUUGCCAUUGAGAGUCAUCAUCACAGGUGCCCGCGGAGAUUGCCCGGUUCACUGAUCUCCUCAGGACCCCAUCGUGUGGUUGUUCAACCCACCUCUCCACCUCCUCCACCACACAUGGUGUUGUUCUGUGUGGCUGUGUUGUCCUACGCCUACUUCAUCCUUCCCCUGGGCCCCUAUAUAUCAGGCCUGGCUCUGGGCAUGGCCUUUGGCUUCCUGCUGGGGCUGCUGCUCAUCAGGUUGGGCUCAACUAGGCACACAGCUCAGCCACAUCCACACAGAGACGUUCAGGCCCUGACUGAGGUUGUUAAGCAGGCUGAUACCCUCGGCAAGGAAUCAGACGUCCUCAAGGGCUGGCUGAACGAGAUGUUUGAGUACGACCCAGAGACCUACCACCUGUCCCUGACCCACUCUGUGUUCGCCAGCCUGGAGGGCCACUGCCUCCGCCUGGACUACCCCAGGAACAACAUCAGCCGCAGAGCCACCUACGAUGAAAAGCCUCCCGAGGCUGCGGUUGUCAGCACGCGCUGCUUCCAGCUACGACACAGCAAGGUGUUCCUGCUGCCCUCUGAGCUAGCCCGCAAGAGGCUGUGGAACCUGAAGUACCCUAUCUGCAUUGAGCUGGCAGAGGGAGAGGGGGUCAUGGAGGAGGGGAGGGGCACAGUGGAGACCCCAAGAGAGGAGCAGGGGGGAGACCCCCAACUCCAAACACGACCCACCUCCAACCCCAAACCAGCAGCCAAACUCCCUACAACCCUAUACCUCUUCGGACGGACAGGAAGAGAGAAGGAGGAGUGGUUUCAUCACUUCCUGUCCGCGUCCAUGGUAAUGGAGAAGGAGAAGGAGAAUGAGAGGCCUGGCAGAUGUGUGUGCAGAUCAGAUGUGCCGGUAUUGCGAGGGGUGAGCCCAUCAAGACGGUCCCAGGACAGCAGAGGUUCCAGCAGGAUUGGGAGCACUGAAGAGGACCUCCCCGUUCCCCCUUCUGCCCCCUCCAUCCAACCAUCCAGGGUGGACUCUCCACUGCUGGACUACCCCACCUACAUGGCUCGUUUCCUGCCCUCAGAGCAGCCCAGCCCCCUGCCCAGUCCACCCCUCAACAGCACAGAGACAAGCCCCACCAACAAAGUGAGGUGCACCUGUGAUUUCCCAGAGUUCCCGGUGGAGGACAACACUGACUGGGUCAAUGCACUGAUUGGUCGAAUAUUCUGGGACUUCCUGCGUGAGAAAUAUUGGGCGGACAUUGUCUCCAGAAAGAUCCAGAAAAAGUUGAGCAAAAUCAGACUGCCUUACUUCAUGAAUGAGCUGACUCUGACUGAACUGGACAUGGGCUCCUGUCUGCCCCAAAUCACCAGUGCGUCCAGACCUGUAGUCAACAGCAGAGGCGAGUGUCAACUAAAAAGCUCACUCUUCCUUUUUACUCUCCCUGAUGUUUCUGCGAUGAUGACUAGGGCCGGGUGUUUUCCAGACCAUUGUGUGUGCAUGCGUCAGUGUGUGUGUGUGCGUGUUUGCAUUCGCACAUGUGUGUGUGUGUGUUCUCCAGGCUUGUGGCUGGAGCUGGAGGUGGUAUACACUGGGGCCCUGCAGAUGACCCUGGAGACCAAGAUCAACCUGUCCAAACUGGGCAAGGAGGGCAAGGAAGGAAGCCUGGACACUGACAGCCUCACUGAUACUGGCAGCCAAGGGUCCAGACCCGUCCUCAGUGUUUUGGCUGACAGUGAUGAAGAGUCCUCCAGCGCCGGCUCUUCAGAUGAGGAGGAAGUACUGCUCUCAGAGCACCAAAGCAUUGUGGGAGAAAAGGGGACUCUACCUGGUGCUGAAGGGAUUGCUGCUGGUGGCGGGAGGACAGGCAGGCGGAUUUUGAGAUUUGUAGACAAAAUUGCUAAGUCUAAGUACUUCCAGAAGGCGACAGAGAAUGAGUACAUCAAAAAGAAGAUUGAGGAGAUGUCCAACACGCCCCUGCUGCUGGCAGUUGAGGUUCAGGAGCUUUCUGGAACACUGGCUGUCAACAUCCCUCCUCCCCCUACUGAUAGAAUAUGGUACAGUUUCUGUGUGCCUCCCAAGCUGGACCUGCAUGUCAGACCCAAGCUGGGGGAGAGGGAGGUCACCUUCUGUCAUGUGACCGAGUGGAUCGAGAAGAAGCUGCAGGAUGAGUUUGAGAAAGUAUUUGUGCUGCCCAACAUGGAUGAUAUCUACCUGCCUCUGAUGCAUUCUGGGAUGGACAGUCCUCCAGCUGGGCUGCUGGAGGAGUGUCCAGCCCAGUCGUCACACUCACAACACUCCUCCAUGGAGUCCAUCGAGAGGAUCUCCCAGGACAAUACUGCUGCAGACUUGGACUUGGACUACACUGAACAAAAAUAUGAACUCAACAUGUAAAGUGUUGGUCCCAUGUUUCAUGAGCUGAAAUAAAGGAGAA